GUCCAUAAAACAGCUCUGAGAGCCUGCCUGCCGCGUCAGUAGCGUCAGAAUGCACAGCUCCGUGUACUUCGUGGCUCUGGUGGCCCUGGGGGCAGCCGUAUGUGCAGCACAGCCCCGAGGCCGGAUUCUUGGUGGCAAGGCAGCCCAGGCCCAUGCUCGGCCCUACAUGGCUUCGGUGCAAGUGAAUGGCACACACGUGUGCGGUGGCACCCUGGUGGAUGAUCAGUGGGUGCUGAGUGCCGCGCACUGCAUGGAUGGAGUGACCAAGGAUGACUUUGUGCAGGUGCUCCUGGGUGCCCACUCCCUGUCCAUCCCUGAACCCUACAAGCGGCUGUAUGAUGUGCAAAGUGUAGUGCCCCACCCAGGCAGCGGGCCUGACAGCGUUGAGGAUGACCUCCUGCUCCUUAGGCUAUCCCAGAAUGUCUCGUUUGGUCCCCACGUGAGACCCCUGCCCUUGCAACAUGAGGACAAAGAAGUGGAAUCCCGCACGGUCUGCGACGUGGCUGGUUGGGGCGUGGUCACCCAUGCGGGACGCAGGCCUGAUGUCCUGCAGCAACUGACAGUGUCAAUCAUGGAUCGGAAGACCUGCAAUGAGCGCAAGCACCAUGAUGGGGCAGUCACCAAAAACAUGAUGUGUGCAGAGAGCGACCGCAGGGACACUUGCAGGGGCGACUCCGGCAGCCCUCUAGUGUGCGGGGACGCGGUCGAAGGUGUGGUUACGUGGGGCUCUCGAGUCUGUGGCAACCGAAGAAAGCCGGGCGUCUUUACCCGAGUGGCACCCUACCUGACGUGGAUCAACAACACCCUGAAUGGUAACGUGACGGCCUGAGGGGACACUGGAGACACGUUGCUCACAAUAAAUACAUGCAUCUGA